AUGGCGCUGAAACUGAAAUACAAGGACGAACACGGCGUCGUUCAAAUCAACAUGUCGCCAACGUCCAGCCCGAAAGAGCCCGACAAAGACCUCACAGGACCGAAGUUCGAUACCAUCAACAACAGAUUCGCACAAUACGACCUCUUUGGAGGGAAGUAUGAUGUAGACUCGGGAGGGGAGACGCCGCGGUCGCUGUUCCGAAGCCGCUACAACUCGAUCGAGGAGGAACUCGCCAACACUCCGUACGCCUUCACGACCGAGCGCUCACUCAGACUCAACAGCGCAAACAAACUAGACAUUACGAUACAGACGCGCGACGAGACAUCACCUUCCAAAGACAUACAAGACGAUCGAUUCUUCAAUCGCCGAUUAAGUUUGGAAUACGAUGAAUCGUUAUUCGGACCGCAAAUCGAUUUUAAAGUGAACGAUUCUGGAACUCCUGCGUUUACGGUGACGCAGCUGAUCCACGCUCAGGAUCGAUAUUUCGAUUUGUCUGGGCGCCAGUCGGAGAGCCCUUGUGGUAAAGUGUUUUCGGAAGUGCAUGUGCCAAGUCCUAAGAGGAAUGGGGAGGCGUUCAGGGUGCUGUCUGCUGAUGUGAAGAGUGGGAGACAGGAACCGGUGCCAGUGGCGAAACCCGCGGUGCCAACCUCGAAGAGAAAGAAGGAGACUUCGUUCGCGAUCCUCGCGGAGACUCCAGUGUCGCGGCCCACCAGCCCGCGGUCCCUGCCCGUCGACAUCAGGACCCGAAGGGUCUCGCCCUUUAGAGGUCGUGGUUUCCGUGAAGAGACAUCACGGCACAACACUCCAAGGACUUCGGCUACGAACUCCAGAGCGAACUCACCUCCGAGAAGAAGAACGAACUCUUUAUCGAGGAUAGACAAUAUGGCACAAACUGCCACGUUACCCUUACCAAUACACAAUUUACCAAGACCACAUUCACCCAGAAACUUCUUAAAAGAAAACAUAGAAGAAGUAAGAGAGCUAAGUGAGCUUAACAGAGAAAAACAUGAAGCAGAAGCUGAAAGGAAAAGAAUAGAAGAAGAAGAAGCUAUCCUCAAAGAAAUGGGAGUUUUAGACAAGUCUAAAUCCGGUUCUAGAAGUGUUGUUGGAUCCAGGACAAAUUCUAGAAGCAACUCCCCAAGCAAAAUCAAUUUGAGAUCGAGAGAUAACUCUCCUUCAGCAAUACUUCAUUACGAGAAAAUUCCUGCUAACAGCAAAGAGUUUGUAAUCGCUGAUGAUGGAAUAAGACAACCUGUUACACAUAGGUCCCGAGUUCGAUCAGUCUCAAAAUCUCAACCUCAGUCCAACAAUGGAUCGCCAAAACAUUCCAAGAUCCCAAAACGACAGAGCUCUGUUUCUCCAACAAGAACAACAUCAAAACCGUCAGUGUACCGACGGCCAUUUGAAAAUAACUUGAACAAAAAUCAAAGGUUUAUUUCCAGCAGUACUAGCAGUAUUCAUGAGACCAUUAGAAUCGGGAGUCAGGUCCAUGACAAAAGAGGGAGUAAAAGUACUCAACAUUUAAGCAUAUCUCCCGCUCACAUCAAGGGUAAGCCUCCAAUUUCCCCAGGGAGAGGAGGUCCGCCGCCUUCAAACAGGGUAAUCAAUGCUAAAAGACUAUCUCCCAUAGUUGGAACUCCAAACAAAAGCCCUAUAGAUGAUUUAAAACCGAACUCGGCUAGGCCGAAUACAAAACCUACACCUGUGCCAAGAAAAUCAGUUAAGACAGCUGGUAACACGCCUGCUACAUCUAGAUUGAAUUCUAGACAGCCUAGCAGGACUGUUAGUAGAGAUCCAAGUCCAGAUAAGCGUAAAACCAAAACAGUUACAAAACCUGUAACUACCGCCACCUCAAAGCCGGUGAGUAGAGCAGCAAGUACAAGAACAACACAAAAACCUACGACUGUUACUAAACCAGAACCUAAAAAGCCUGUGAGCCGAACAAACAGUAUGAAAAGUCUAACAAGGACGCCCAGUACAAAGAACUUGGCGGAGAAGCCUCCACUGAAGAAGAACAACAGUAGAAAAGACCUAAGUGAAAAAGCACAAUCUACAAGCAAAAUAAACGAAGUUGGCACUAAGAAAGAUUCCAUCAAGAAGAAGGAUUCUGUUAAAGGAAAAGAUGAAACCGACAAAGGUAAAGUAAAAAGUACAAGAAGUACAGAUUCUAUGACAGAUUCGGAUAAUGUGUCAAAACAAGACAACGAAACGCAGUACGAUAAAAUUACGAACGAAAAAGGUGAACUCGUUAUAAUGACAAAGAAAAAUAUAAUCUCAAUGACAACUGCAGCAAUAACUUCUCAACCAUUAGAACUUGUAUCUACAGUCACUAAUCAGCUACCAGCAGCUUUUGAAAAAGCUAGGGAGAAGGGUAUUUUCGAAAGAUUAAGUUCUAAAGACUCUCUUGUAGGUAAAGAAGAUACUGCUAAUGAAAAACCAGCUUCUUCCGAAAAGGAUAAAGAAAAGCCACAAAAACAUAAAGAUACUUCCGAAGAAAAGGAAAAAGUCGAAGAAAAGAAACCUCCUCCAAGACAUAACAAACCUAACAACCAUGAUAAGCCGUUAUACAUCGAAGACCAGGUUAAACUAAAACCCCUACAGGGUCCGUUCAACAAUCCUCAAAUUGAACGAGCAAAACAAAAGAUUGAAGCCAUUUUGAAAGAGCCUGAAAUAUCAACAGAAAACAUACUCACCGCUUCAGCAAAAUCAAGAGAAGUCAAAAAUACUCUUAAAGAGGUAGCUGAUAACGCAAAAACUGAAAUCAAAGAAGCGAAAGACGACGCAGCAAAUAAACUCACAGAAAUCAAAGAUCAAGUUGUGAAACAAAACGAAAAAAUGACCGAAGAAAUACGUUCGGAAGUAACGAAAAUUGUCGACAGUAUAAUCACACCAGUCGAGGAGCCUAAAGACAUGCCAGAAAGGAAAGAAAAAGUUAAAGAUGUUCCUAAAAAGAUAGAAGAAGUAAAAAAAGAUAUCAUUGAACCAAUAGUGACGGUGGUUAAUGAGAAAAAGAAGAAUGGUGGUGCGGCUAUUGCUGAGAAAGUAAAUGAGACACUUGUAAAAGGAGAAGGAGAGGUUGAGGUUCUGAGUUCUAACGUGUCCACUCCAGGAGUCGAUAAGAUAAAAGUUCAGAAGAAGGAUGGCAACGGGUCUGACAAAUCUGCUCAAAGUAAUGGCGGGUUCCCACAAAGUACAAGCACAACCCCUAAGCCUCCAGCGAGGACCAAGAAAGAAGCCAAAGAGACUCCACCACCUGAACAAAGAGAGACCUCUGAACCAACGGACACAAGUGAAGACAAACAGAAAGAACCAAACUUCUGCCAAAGGCUCAUGAAGAAAUGCAAAACAAAAUGUUGCGCUUGCUGCACUAAAGCCGAAGAUUCUGAUGAAGAUGGAGAUAAAGAUAAAGAGAGACAGAAAGAUGAUAUGAAAGAAGAAAAGAGAGGCAUGAUGAGUAAGCUGAAUUGUUGUAAAAAGCAGGUAGAUGAAGAAAAGGCUGAGCAAGAAGUUAGGGAUAUGGAAAGGGCUGCUGGUAAAGCCUCGAUAGAAUACGAAAACGAAACGAAACCGAAGCGUACGCUACGUGAUGUGUUCUGCGGUUGUUGCGGGCGACGGCGUCGUGUCGCUGACACUGGAUCCAUGCCGCGCAACGUUGCCGAGUCCAUGUCGCCCGCGCCUGAGGAGACAGGCUGCUGCGGCAGGAAGAAGAGGCACAUCGAGAGGAGGGACAGCAUACUGAGUGAUAGACCUCCUACUAGUUGCUGCAACAACCGCUUGUGUACGUGGUUGCGGGGCAUGUGUCGGCGACACUCCGAGCAAUCCUCCAGCCGGCGCACGAGCAUGUUCUCGAAGAACAAGAGCAUGUCGCCUACUUUACCGCCCGAGGGUAAUAACAAGCUUAGAGUAACUCCUAUACCUUCCCCAAGGCCGUCGAUACAGAUUUCCCCUCGUGGAACCCCUAACCCGUCCCCCAUGCCUUCACGGAAAGCUUCCAGAAUCCUCAUCACUAAGGAUUUUAUGAAGAAAGAUGUGGAUAUUGAAGAAGAUAUUGAGGACACCCGGACGAAGUUGGACACAUCUCUGGUGGAGCACACAAGCGUGAUGCGUGGCGCUAUCCCCGUGCUGCCCAUAGUACUCGCCUACUUCUGUCUCUUCUGCAACAUCGUUGUACCUGGACUUGGUAGUAUAUUGAGCGGCCUAUUCUGCCUGUGCUUCGGUAUACCAAGGUUUGGAGUCCACGACGGAGCUAAACACAGGAUAGGGUCGUUCGUGAUCAACUUGCUAGUUGGUUGUGGUCAGCUGUUCACGGUGCUAUUCUGUCUCGUCGGCUGGGGCUGGUCCAUCUGGUGGGGCGUUAUCAUGGUCAAGACUUCACGUAAAUACCGCAAACUAAAAAGGGAAGCGGCAGCUGCAGAAGCAGAAGCAGCGCCUCCUGUGACAACUAACAAUCAUACAAGAGCGUAA